AUGCCUCGUUGUUCCUCUCUUCAUGCGCAGCAGUGCGGCGUGCCGAACACGGGGAUGCAGACGGUGGCGGCAGCGACGAGGCGAGUCAACCACUCGGGGGACGCGGUGCCGGUCGAACACUUCGCGCCAUUGGAGGCGUUCCGCAACGUGCACAAAACGGACGGCGGCCUACUGGCGGUUAACGCACGUCCCCUGCAGCCUGUCAACGGCCGCCAAGUGCUCUACCUUCCCUGCCAGCGCUAGGAUGCGCC